AUCGCAUGAGUGUGAUUAAGAUCCAUAAAUGAAUACUGACUUGACUUCUUAAAAAAGCAACCAAAAGAAAGAUGCCCCACAUCUGUUGCUGGGUGAGAAAGUUUUUCUUUGGGGUAUUUAUGAUGUCAAUCAGGAAUACCCCAUCCAGAUUUCCUGAAGUAAUGAGGGUAAAUCUAAUUCUGCUCCUUGGUAUAAACACUUUAGCUCCAUCUUUGGUGCAGCUAUGUAAAUGCACUCUGAAAGAGUUCCUGUGUAACCUUUGACUUCUGAACAUGGCUGCCAUGAGGAAAGUGCUGCUUGCUGCUCUUGUUGCUGCUUUUGCUGCUUUCAUUGGACACAGAUUUCUUAAACUAAAGGAAAUGACCCUUGCCUCCAGAGAAGUGGAAGUGAAACACCUCAAGUGUCAUUAUUUAAAUAAUAUUGAAUAUGGGGCAGAGGAUAUCACAAUACUUAAAGAUGGACUGGCCUUCUUGAGCACAGGGCUGAAGUAUCCUGGAUUGCCUUCAUUCUCUGAUGAUCCAGGGAAAAUGUACAUUUUAGAUCUGCUGCAUCCAAAGCCUACUCCAGUGCAGCUACAAAUCAAAGGAGAGCUGGACCUCAGCUCUUUCAACCCACAUGGCAUUAGUGUAUACACUGAUGAAACAGAUGGCUCUGUAUACCUGUUUGUUGUCAAUCACCCUCAGCACAAAAGCCAGGUUGAGAUCUUCCGUUUUGUUGCCGAGGACACACUUGUGCACCUAAAAACUAUUACCCACCAUCUACUCCACAGUGUGAAUGACAUUGUUGCAGUCGGAGUCGAGAGCUUCUAUGCCACUAAUGAUCACUACUUUAUCAAUACUGCACUUAACUCUCUGACCAUCAUCCUGGGUAUGCCCUGGUGCAACGUGGUGUACUACAGUCCAGAGGAAGUUAGGGUGGCAGCCGAUGGUAUUAUGUCCUCAAACGGCAUCAACAUAUCACCCGACAAACGGUACAUUUAUGUUUCAGACAUCAUAGACCAUGAGAUAAAUAUUUUUGAAAGGCAAGAAGGGGAACAACUAGUGUAUAUUAAGUCUGUAGCUGUUGGGUCACUUUGUGAUAACAUCGAAGUGGACCACAAGACAGGUGACAUCUGGCUGGGCUGUCAUCCAAAUGCCAUGAAGCUGUCAACAUUUGACCCCAAAGAUCCACCUGGCUCUGAGGUCAUCCAGAUCAAGAACAUUCACUCAGAGCAGCCAGUGGUGAGCCGGGAGUACGUUGAUAAUGGCCAUGUAUUAAUGGCCUCCGCUGUAGCAGCUCCCUAUGAGGGAAAGUUGCUUAUUGGCUCUGUUUUCCAUAAAGCCCUGUGCUGCGAUUUGAAAUAAUCUAUGUAUUCUAUGUCUAUGAGUGCUACUGUUUUAGACUAGAAAUGUUGUACCAAAAGAUCUGGAUGCAUAUGAGUAUCAAAAAAAUAAAUAAAAUAUUUUACCUGAUAUAUACACUGGGUCAUUUUGUGCAGCUCAUAAUUUAAAAGUUGCAUAAAAUAAUAGCACGUUUAAUAGAGCAGCCUUAAUUUGCAUAGUUGUAGUAGUAUUUCCAUGAAAUGCAGUUUGUUCCCUUGAUACAGAACAGUAUUUAGGAUGUUUUAAUAGCCUACAAAACUCUAACACAGUCUGACUGGUUCCACUAU